CGCACUUUAAGGUCGGGAGGGGGAGCCGAAGAAGAAAAGGCACUGAAGUUUUCUCUCUUCUGUUGCAGUUGCAUUUAUUAACAUCUAAGUAGCGAUGGCAAGAUUUCUUCUUAGAGCCAACUUAAGGAGAUGCAUCGCCUCUCAGAUCAGAAUGGCAUCUGAUCAGCUUGGUGAAUUGGGCAAGGGAGCAGGAAAAGGUGGAGGUGGUGGAGGCUCUGUGAGGGAGGCGGGAGGGGCAUUUGGAAAGAGAGAAGUGGCAGAGGAGGAGCGGUACUUCAGGCAGAAGGAGAAGGAGCAGAUGGAAGCGCUGAGGAAGCAUCAUGCAGAGGAAAUUGAGCACCACAAAAAGGAGAUUGAGCGCCUACAGAAGGAGAUAGACCGCCACAAGGGCAAAAUCAGAAAGCUUAAGCAUGAUGACUAAAGCUUUGGAGCUGGGAGUCAUGUAUCUCCCUGAGGGGCCAUCCAUCUUUUUUUAAACAAGUAAAUGAUAAAAACAAGCAGAUAUAGGGUUUUCUGCUGGUCGAGGCGGGUCCUGUAUGGGUGCUCAUAUUAACAUCUAAGAACAAUAAAAUUAUUACCCUUUAUUCCAUAAAA